CGCUGUUGGCUUGCAUCCGACCGGAGGAAAGGGGGGUCGGGGAGAAGGAGGAGGAGGAGGAGGGCGAGGAAGGCAGCAGAGGAUGAGCAUCGCAGGAAAAUGACUUUCCGAAGGGUGAAAAGGUUGAGCCGUAAGGAGGAUUACGACAGCGCCGAGUGCACCGGGGCGGAAGGUGAUAUUUACCAAAGCGGCGCUGAAACUUACAAGCCCUCGGAGUUGUACAAGACCCUGGCUUACUGCGGGGGCACGUUACCUCGCAACCACAAGCAGAGGUCGUUGAUGAAAUGGAAAACGCUGACGGACUCUCCUGAACAUGAGAGGAGGAUUGUUACCUUGGAGAAACAAGAUGGUGAAGCCUUUGGAUUUGAAAUUCAGACAUAUGGCCUGCAUCAUCGAGAUGAAAACACAAUGGAAAUGUGUACGUUUGUCUGUCGGGUCCGGGAGAACACGCCAGCCGAACUGGGAGGACUGAGACAAGGUGACACCAUCACCAGCAUCAACGGGACACUUGUGUCUGGAUUCCGCCAUCGAGAUAUUGUGGAUCUUAUCAAAUCAUCAGGAAAUUUUUUGAGGCUGGAGACGGUGUAUGGCACCUCCAUCAGGCGAGCAGAGUUGGAAACCAGACUGCAGUACCUGAAGCAAACACUGCAGGAGAAAUGGGAAGAGUACAGAUCUCUCAUGGUUCAGGAACAGAGGUUGGUGCAUGGCAUUGUGUCAAAAGAUCCAAGUGUUUAUGACGCUUUCGAGUCGGUGAGAGCCAGCCUCUGUGGCCCAGCACACUACCUCUGCCCUUCCGCCCAGAGGCAGCCCGGCUCCGGUGGCAGUACCCGCUGCAGCGCCAUGGAGGGCGAAGACGAGCCCAUUUAUCAGACUUGUAUCUUUGACCCGUUGGACACGGGCAGCGAUGGCAGCCAUGGCAGCGAGGUGGUGCUCGCCAAGAAGCUACUAACAAGGAGCGUAAGUGCCAAGGCCGGGCACAACGGAGUCACCUGCUCCUCCUGGGAUAAAGGCAACAACCAGAGCGCCUUUGGAACACUGCCGAGGAAAUCCAGGAGGAAAAGCUUGCGGAAGAGGCUGCUGAAGUAUAUCCCCGGACUCAACCGUUCAGUGGAAGAGGAAGAAAGCCAAUUGUAGGCUGAGGGGCAGUGUCUUUAUUUAUUGCAAUUCUUGCCACUAAAAUGGCCACCAGGAGGAUUAAGGGUACCAAAGUGCUUUGAUUUCACGCCUUUGCACAGCGGAUAGGUAACACAGAAUUGCCUGAGGAUCCUGUCGGACAGUAUCAACACCUUCAAUAAACCCGCUUCGCAUUUUGUGUUGACUCUGGGGUGGGGUGGGAGAGGUUGUAAGGUUCAAUUGUAACUGCUUAUGACCUUGUCAGUGAACUGGGGUGGGCUGGAUGAGGUCGAGAACAGUUCCCUUCCCUUGUGUCCCUAUGUAAGACAGUCCUUUAUGACAAUUGUUUUCCAAUUGUGUCACUCGAUCCCCCCCCGGCCCCCUUUAAUCCCACUUUUUCGUGCGAUGGGGUCAGAGCAGGUUUAAAAGGCUGAUUGGCGAAAUUCCUGCUCCCCAUUUUUUUUUCAUGAACAGGGAAUUGGACAGCUCCACUGAAGAGCGAGAGAGAACUGGUCUGGUGGGCCGAAUGUCCUCUUGCUGUGCAGUGUCAGGCUCUGACGCUAUCUCAUCCAAAGGCACAGACUCCUGCCCAGGACUGGGGGCACUUCCACUGGUACCGCCAUCUUUGUACCUUGCCCGGCCAGGCAUUCCUCAAGCUGUGGGCAUUGCCAUCCAUGCACUGGGGCAUUCUCCUGUCAAAGCAAUCCCCCUCCUCCCCCCACUGCUGUCCAAACUAUCGUGGUUUUCCUUGUUUUGGCUACAGCGCCAAAUUUAUGGUCUUUUGCACCUGGCCGCCAUUUUCUUCACAGCUCUGAGGUGUCGUCAGGUGAUUUUGUUUUGUCCUGCGGGGUGUGACUGAUGUCACCCUCUGCCCCGCAGAAUAAAAUCACCUGACGGACACCUCAGA